GUGCGAUUUUCCAUAUUUGAAUUAAGAAAAAAGAAAGAAGAAAAUUCACUUUUUCCUUCAUAAUAAAUGUCCAUUUGUAAUUAAAAAGAAGACACGCCAAGCUCAAACUGGAUUAUACGGUAGCAGAUAAAUAGGCCGGAUUUUUUGGAUUUACAGUACAUGGUACUGUAACGACUUGGAACGAAAAAGGACUCUUCUUUUUUAUAAGUAAUGCAAGCAGCAGCGAUGGAUGAAUCUAACGUAGUGAACGAAACUGUUCAAACCCAGGAAACAACUCCAGCAUUUAGCUAUGAUGAUCUUUUCCCGGCUUUACCCCAAAACACUUCAGCCCCGGUAGCAAGUCAAGCAACCCCAGCAAGUAUGCGUGUUGGCAGCUCUGUUGUGGCUCAAGUAUUGCACGUGCCGGGAGAAGAGCGUAAAUCCACCGAAUCUGAAAAAUUCGGCGAAGGAGAAUCAAAGCGUAUAUGUCAAAAUAUAACCAAGGAAACCGGAGCCAAUAUUGAGAUAUCGAGCGGUAAAAAUCAGUCGCUUACCUUUUUAAUUAAGGGCAAGCCAAGUGAAGUACUCGAUGCACGACGAAAAAUUCUCAUUCAUUUCCAAACUCAAGCGAGCAAGACAAUUGCUAUCCCCAAGGAACACCAUGGUCUUAUCUUAGGUAAGAAGGGUGAUCGUUUGCGUGAGCUUGAGCGUUUGACAGCCACCAAAAUUAAUGUGCCCAAUAUUGGUGAGGAAAGUGAUACCAUCACUAUUUCGGGAACAAAGGAAGGUAUUGAGAAGGCGGAACAUGAAAUUUGUACCAUGUCUCAGGAAUACUUCAAGAGGACAUUUGAGCGAAUUUCCAUUCCGAAAAUCUAUCAUCCUUUCAUUGUGGGACCAAGCAAUGAAAAUCUCAUUAAAUUGUGCGAGGAAACUGGUGCCAAAAUCAAUGUGCCUCCACAGAACGUGCAAAAGGAUGAGAUUGUCAUAGCCGGUGAGAAGGAGUGCGUAAUGGCAGCCAAGGCUAAAGUUGAACAAAUCUACAAGGAGAUGGAAAAGAAGUGUUCUACUGUUAGUGUUGAGGUGGCCAAGGCACAGCACCGCUACGUUAUCGGUCCAAAGGGAUCGACCAUUCAAGAGAUCUUCCUAUUAACUGGUGUGUCUGUUGAAAUGCCACCAUCCGAUUCGCCCGUCGAAACGAUCACGCUGCGUGGUCCCCAAAACGCCUUGGGUAAUGCCUUAACCGUUGUCUAUGAAAAAGCCAAUUCGGUGAAAUCCUUUGAAAUGGAUGCGCCGAACUGGAUUCACAGAUACGUGAUUGGUAAGAAGGGCGCUAACAUGAAGGAGCUCGAAAUAGAUUGCCCCAAUGUCAAUGUUAACUACUUGGACAACAAGAUCAAGCUCGAAGGCGAUCCAGAACGCGUCGAAAGGGCCGUUGCUUACCUUGAUAAUAUUAUUAAAAACUAUUUGGAAAACUAUACCUAUGUUGUAAUGACCGUGAACCCAAGCUACUACAAGCACAUUAUUGGCAAAGCUGGCGCCAAUGUGAACCGCCUUAAGGACGAACUGAAUGUAAACAUAAGUAUUGAAGAACGCGAGGGCACAAACAACAUUCGUAUUGAGGGCCCCAAAGACGGAGUUGCCCAAGCCCACCUCGAGCUGCAAGAAAAAAUCGACAAGUUGGAAAACGAGAAGUCCAAGGACGUUAUCAUCGAUCGUCGUCUGCACCGUUCGAUUAUUGGCUCCAAGGGUGAAAAAAUUCGUGAGAUUAAGGACCGUUACCGCCAGGUGACUAUUAUGAUUCCUUCACCAAACGAGAACACCGACAUUGUGAAGCUUCGUGGACCAAAAGACGAAGUCGACAAGUGUUAUAAGGACCUUAUGAAGUUGGUCAAGGAGAUUCAAGAGUCUUCGCAUAUCAUCGAGGUGCCAAUCUUUAAGCAAUUCCACAAGUUUAUCAUCGGCAAGGGAGGAGCCAACAUCAAGAAGAUCCGUGAUGAAACUCAAACCAAGAUCGAUCUUCCCGACGAGGGUGAUACCAACGAAGUCAUCUUGAUCACUGGCAAGAAGGAGAAUGUAAUCGAAGCAAGAGACCGCAUUCAGAAAAUCCAAAAUGAAUUGUCGGACAUUGUUACCGAGGACGUUCAGAUUUCUCCAAAAUUCUAUAACUCACUCAUCGGAGCUGGUGGCAAGUUGAUAUCUUCCAUCAUGGAGGAAUGCGGUGGUGUUUCGAUUAAGUUCCCAACCAGCGAGUCGAAGAGCGAUAAGGUUACUAUUCGCGGGCCAAAGGAUGAUGUAGAGAAAGCCAAGAGUCAACUUUUGGAAUUGGCCAGCGAGCGCCAGUUGGCUUCAUUCACUGCUGAAGUACGUGCCAAACAACAACACCAUAAAUUCCUUAUCGGCAAGAAUGGAGCUUCAAUUCGAAAGAUCCGAGACUCGACCGGUGCCCGAAUCAUUUUCCCCAACAACGAUGACGAAGACAAGGAAGUAAUAACCAUCAUUGGAAAGGAGGAGAGUGUACAGGCAGCCAAGGAGCAGCUAGAAGCAAUAAUCAAGGAUAUUGAUCAGGUGUUUGAGGGUGAGAUUGCCGUCGACCCCAAAUACCAUAAACAUUUUGUUGCCAAGCGUGGAGAAAUUCUUCAUCGCAUUUCUGAGGAGUGUGGUGGUGUAAUGAUAUCCUUCCCACGACCAGGAGUAGAUAGCGACCGCGUAACGCUUAAAGGUGCCAAGGACUGUAUUGAAGCAGCCAAACAACGAAUUCAGGAGAUCGUAGCCGACUUAGAGGCACAGGUAACUAUUGAAGUUGUCAUUCCACAGAGAUUACAUCGUACCAUUAUGGGCGCCCGAGGUGUUAAGGUGCAGAAUGUGACAUCCGAGUAUGAUGUGCAAAUUAAGUUCCCUGAUCGCGAAGCUACCGACCCAGUCGAAGGCAUGUUCAAUGGCGGUGACGAGGUGGUUCGUCAUUGUGACAUCAUCAGAAUCACAGGUCGUGUUGAGAAGUGUGAUGCCGCAAAGCAGGCAUUGAUCAACCUUAUUCCUAUUACGGAGGAGAUAAGCGUACCCUUCGACCUCCACCGUUUGAUAAUCGGUCAAAAGGGAAGCAAUGUUCGUGAAUUUAUGAGUCGCUACGACGUACACAUCGAACUGGCUCCCCCAGAGUCUCAAUUAGAUCAAAUCAAGAUCACAGGUACUCCUAAUCAUGUUGCCGAGGCGAAGGAAGCAUUGCUUGCUAAGGUCGAAGAACUCGAGGGCGAUCGCAAGGAUCGUGAGUUGCGUUCUUUCGAGCUCAAGAUCGAAGUCGAUCCUAUCUACCACCCGAAGAUCAUUGGGCGCAAAGGUGCCGUCAUUAACAAGCUUCGCGCAGACCAUGAUGUUAAUAUUUCGCUGCCAAAACGCGUCGACGACAACCAGCACGUCAUUUCAAUUGUCGGUUAUGAAGCCAAUGCCGAAGCCGCUCGCGAUGCCAUUUUAAAGAUGGUCCAUGAUCUGGACGAUUUGUACAAGGAGGUUGUUGAAAUUGACCAACGAGUGCACUCACAUAUUAUCGGACACCGUGGACGGAAUAUUCGCGCCAUCAUCGAAGACUACAAGGUUGAUGUUAGAUUCCCAACAGCCACCGACGCCAACAAGGACGCAGUCACAAUCAUUGGCAAAGAAGAGGAUGUCGAGAACGCCAAGGAGCACAUCCUCUCCGUCGCUGAGGAAUACAUCAGCAAUUUUGUUGACACACUCCCACCACCGUCCAACACCGGUACGAAUGCCAUAUUUGGCAACAAUACCGCCACCGAGAAUGGCUUCAUCCUCAAGGAUGCGCCGUGGGAACGUGGAAACAAAGGAGCCCCAAAUACUCAAUCACAGGAAGAUUUUCCUGACUUUGGUGCACCAGCUCCUGUAUCUUCAGCUUGGGGACCCAAGGGCUAAAAACUUCUUCUUGUUCUUCACCCUUCCCUACUCAAACCUACCCUCACCUUCUCUUUUUCUCUCUCCUCCCUCUUCUCACCAAUUUCCUCAAAAACUCAACACACUAAUAUACACCACAACAUAAAUUAACAACAAAGCCCGUUAAAAAUAUCGAAAUUCGUUCUUUCCAAGAGUUCAAGAGUUUACUAGGUACUAGAAAAAAAGAAGCGCCGGUCGGUUUUGCACCUCUCAAUCAUGAUUUUUGUCCGUCUUGAAUCCAAUCCAGAUACUCUGCCAACAGUUUGUCACGAAAUUAUUAAAUGUUUUAUAUUUGUUUAAUUUUUUUUUAGUUUCCAAUAUUUUCAAUUUUUGUGCAAUUUUUUACGUUACCUAUGAAAAAAAUAUGUUUUCUUUCAACAAAAACAAAAUUAUAAAAUCCCAAAUCUAUAUUUUCUUCUUAGUUUGUCAAUCUUAAUGUUAAGUUAAUAAAAACAAAAAUAUAUACUUCUUCAUUAAGCUAAAAAAUUUAAUUUUAUCUAAACGAAAUUUAUAUACGAAAAUACAAGUUUAGUAAUGUAAUUAAAAAAAAAUGAUAUACAAUUUAUUAUAUAUAAUAUAUACAAAAAUAUAUAUAUAUAUUAAAAGAAAUAAAACUUUUUCUAUUAAUAAAACAAACAAAAAAGUUUAAAAGUUAAAACUAAAUACAAUAAUAUUUUACAAUUUUAUUUUUCAUGCUCCUGCGAGGUUACAUCAAAAAUCGAUUGGUUUUCCUUCUUCAACUGUUUUUUUGUUUAAUUUUUUUUAUUUUUUUGAAGAGAAGAAAAAUGAAAGAAAGUAAUUGAUAAAAAUAAAAAAAUUCGUUAUAAUAUAAAAUAUCUAUUUUCCUAUUCCGAAUGUGAGAGUAUGAAAAACAACAUAAUACAAAUAAAUGAAAACAAAAACUACAAUAAAUUAAAAGAAAAAACAAAACAAAACAAAAAAAAUGAAAUUAAUACUACAAAAAUUAUAUAAUAAUAAAGAAAUCUUUGUUUGAAACAAAAUAAAACUAUUAUAUAAAUAUAUAUAUCAAUAAUUAAAUAAUUAUUAUCAUUUUGAUUGUGACUGCAAAAAGACAUUUGUUAUGAGGACAAUUCAACAGAUUUUUUAUAUCAAUAAAAUAAAAUCAAAAAGUAAUGAAAAAUCUA